AUGCCACAAAGUUAUAUCUCUGAACUUCUUGUAAGCAGUAAACGAAAGCGCAUCUUGGAUGAUUUUGCGGAAACGACAUCUGCGCAUGGUUGCAUUCUGGCUAGCAAGUCACAGAAUGCUUUCAUGCGAAUUCUCUGGAUUACUGCAAUACUAUCAGCAUGGAUUAUUUGUACUUAUCAAAUAUGGAUAUCGAUUGAUAAGUAUUAUCAAUAUCAAACAGUUGUAUCAAUUCAAAUACGACAUAUGACAAAUAGUAUUUUUCCUGCAGUAACCAUAUGUAAUUUAAAUCCGAUUCGUGCAAGCUGGUUGAAAACAUUUUUUUCACAAACAUCUAAUAAUGAAACUGAGAAAAGUGAUAAUUUUCAUAAAUUUACGGAACAACAAUGGAAAAAUUAUGAAGAACAACACCGUUUGGCAGAACAUAUCACACCUGAAAUGCGCAUUAUUCACAAACAUCUUCGUCUCAUUUUUGAAAAAAAUAUAAAUUUAUCAGUAGCUGGACAUGAUAUCAAUCAUAUGUUAAUUGAUUGCACUUAUCAAUCAACCAAAUGUACUGCAAAGAAUUUCACCAGAUGGGAGCAUGGUAUAUAUGGUAAUUGUUAUACAUUUCAAGCAACAGGUCAACAAUAUCAAGGAUUUGUAGGACCAUUAUAUGGUUUAUCAUUAACACUAUAUGUUGCUGAUAAGGAAUAUCUUGUCAGACAUUCACAGGGUUCCGGUUUUAAAGUUGAAGUACAUCCUGCAGAAUACAUUCCAUUUCCGGAAGAUAAAGGUUUUACGAUAUCACCAGGUGUAAUGACAUCUGUCGGGAUUAAACAAAUAAGAGUUUCACGGAUGCCAUUACCAUAUGAUGGAACAGAUUGUGGUGAUCUCGGUAAUAACGUUGAACCUGAUGGACCAUGGGUAAAUGCAUCAUUGUAUCACAAAAGAUAA